GCACGAAGUUUCCUGCUACAUGCUAUUGCUCAGUUUGUCUUUAUUGCCUUCGAUCUCCUAUAAAUUGAGACCACCAACUUUCUGCAUUCAAUAUCAAAAACAACUUCACAAACACACAAACACACAAACACAUAGCGAAAGAGUUCAGAAAAGGAAAAAAUGGCGAACUUCCCAUUGAUCGACAUGGAGAACUUGAAUGGUGGAGAGAGAGGUGCUACAAUGGAGUUGAUCAAGGAUGCUUGUGAAAACUGGGGAUUUUUUGAGUUGCUGAACCAUGGGAUUUCUCAUGAAUUAUUGGACAAAGUUGAGAAAAUGACGAAGGAGCAUUACAAGAAAUGUAUGGAGCAGAGGUUUAAAGAUAUGGUGGCAGCUAAAGCAUUAGAAGGUCUGAAGGCAGAAGUUACCGACAUAGAUUGGGAGAGCACUUUCUUCUUACGUCAUCUUCCGACUUCAAACAUCUCGGAAAUCCCUGAUCUUGAAGAAGAAUACAGGAACUUAAUGAAGGAUUUUGCUGGUAAGCUAGAGAAAUUAGCAGAAGAGCUUUUGGAUUUGUUGUGUGAGAAUCUUGGAUUAGAGAAAGGUUAUCUAAAGAAAGCGUUUCAUGGAUCAAAAGGUCCAAAUUUUGGAACGAAAGUUAGUAAUUAUCCUCCAUGCCCGACGCCGGACUUGAUCAAGGGUCUCCGAGCACACACCGACGCUGGCGGCAUCAUUUUACUCUUCCAAGACGAUAAAGUCAGCGGUCUUCAGCUUCUCAAAGACGGUGAAUGGAUCGAUGUUCCACCCAUGCGUCAUUCCAUCGUCAUCAAUCUCGGUGACCAAAUUGAGGUGAUUACUAAUGGAAAGUAUAAGAGUGUGAUGCAUAGAGUUAUUGCUCAAACAGAUGGAACAAGAAUGUCCAUCGCGUCUUUUUAUAAUCCGGGGAAUGAUGCUGUGAUAUUUCCGGCACCGGCGUUGUUGGAAGAGACAGCAGAGAAAGAACAAUCGUACCCAAAGUUUGUGUUUGAUGAUUACAUGAAACUAUAUGCAGGAUUGAAGUUUCAGGCGAAAGAGCCAAGGUUUGAAGCCAUGAAAGCAGUUGAAGCUAAUGUGAGUUUGGGUCCUGUUGUAACAGCUUAGAAGGUGUCAUGGUUUGAGUUUGAAGAAUAGAAGUUUAUAAACUUUUUCUUUUUAAUUUCUUUUAAGGGGUGUCGGAAAUCUAUAAAAUUCGACCAUAGAAAAGUGUGCUUACUAUUUAUAGCAUAGUGACAAAAGGGUGAUGUGCUAAUUUUUAAUAUUUGUUUGUAAGUUUGAAGAUGUACUAUUAACUAUUAAGAAUAAAAUCUCGUGUGCAAUUGUCUAC